GAUCCGUCCCAGCCAAAGGUCCCUCUACGACAUCAGUCUGAGCAGCCCUCAGUCACGCCACACGCCCGUCUGAGGAGCAUCAAGGACACCCGAGGAGAUCGCGGACAACAGAAGAAUGGGGAUCUUGUUAUUUCUGCUCCUAGAUCUCUUUGCACCUUGCUACUCUCAGACAAUCAACAGUGUUCCAAUUAUCAACAUGACUGUAGUGCAAGUGAGAGAGGAUCUCCGUGCAGGAGCAUUUGCUUUCCAGAUCGAGGCUUAUGACCCUGAUGGUGACAAACUCACGUAUGGUAUAAGAGAUCCAGCUUAUCACUUCAGCGUGAAUAAAGACACUGGUCAGGCCUCCAUCAACAAUACGCUGGACAGAGAGACACAAGAGUACUUCAGAGUAGAAAUUAUUGUCAGCGAUGGAGUUUAUGAGACAUCCAAAGAAAUCACCAUUAUUGUGCUGGACGCAAACGACAACGCGCCGACGUUCCAAAACCUGCCGUACAAUGUUGAAGUGGAGGAGGACAUAUCUGUACACACUACUGUGCUGACCGUGCUGGCCACCGAUCCUGAUCUGAACACAGGUGGAAUCGUCUCUUACAAAAUCGAUCAAGUCAUCCCGCUUGACGGAACCAGUGUGUUCUCCAUCUCUGAUAGAGGAGGAGACAUCGUGUUGAAUGAGCCUCUGAGCUUCACCAGCAAGAGUGCUUUUUAUCAGAUAAAGAUCAAUGCAUCUGACGGUGGGGGACCAUUAUAUGACGAUCCUAACUUCGUUCAGUCCACUGCCACGACUGCCUUCAUCACAGUCGUUGACGUCCCAAACCUGGACCCUCAGUUCCUAAACCUGCCUAACUUGGCCUCUGUUGACGAGAACUCCCCUGUGGGAACGUCUGUGUUUAAGGUCCAAGCCAGGGAUCCAGAUACAGGCAUCAAUGACAUCAUCUAUUACAGCAUUGAAGACACCAACGCACCAGACUUGUUCCAGAUCGACAGGGACGAUGGCGUUGUUUCCGUCCUGACUGUAUUUGACCGAGAGGAGCUGCUACACAUUAAUGCUCUUGUAGAACUGACUAUAAAGGCCACCGAAGCCGGCCUCAAUGUGGAUGGCAUCCAUGCUAACACAAUGGCUAAGCUACAGGUGAACAUCGGAGACGUGAAUGACAACCAGCCCCGCAUUUAUAAGUGUGAUGGGAACAACUGUGUAGAGCAGACCCACUUCACUGGAGACAUUGAUGAGCACUCGUCUGUGGGCCUGUCAGUCUCAGGCCUCAACAUGACAGUAAAAGACCCAGACCUGGGAGAGAACAGUCGUUUCAUGCUCCGCCUUCAGGGAACAGAUAAAGAUGCUUUCUCUGUCUCACCCAUAUCGGCGAUCUCGGAAAGUGCCGUGCUGAUCCUGGUCAAAGACCCCAUCGCGAUCGACUAUGAGAAGAAAAAAGUGAUGAUUGUGGAGGUGGUUGCUACAGAUGCCACCAUCCCUGACUUUGUGUCCACAGCUACGGUCACCAUUCAGAUCAAUGACAUCAACGAUAACAUCCCAGAGUUUGAGGAGCAAGCAUAUAAGUUGUCUGUUGAGGAGCAUUGUGCGAAUGGAACCAUUGUGGGCACAGUGACGGCGACAGACGCGGACGAGCUGGACGAAGGUCUCCUCACUUACAGACUGCUCCCGGAAAGCAUGCUCCCUUACUUUGAUGUCUACACAGACAAUGGCACCAUUUAUGUCAAAAAUGGGAAUCUGCUGGACCGGGAGCGCACAAGCUCCUACUCGCCCACACUCCAGGCCAGAGAUUCAGGGAGUAACGUGGGCUCCACCGUCCUGGAGAUCACCAUCCUCGACAUUAAUGACCAGACGCCACAGUUUUACAGAGACUAUCAGGUUUUCAUCCGUGAGAACAAUGUGCUGAAACUUCAAGUGGAGGCUAGAGAUGAUGAUGAGCCGAACACACCCAACAGCAAAAUCCAGUACGGCAUAGAGGACAGUGAAUACAGUGGCAACUUCACCAUUGACAAGGACACUGGCAUGAUAACAAGCAUAGGCAUUCUGGACCGUGAGGCCAUCGAUCCGGAGCUGAACGGGGUGAUUGAAUUGAAUGUGACAGCCACAGACAUGGGCGUACCACCUCUGUCAUCCUGGGUCAUUGUCGUCAUCAAUGUCGACGAUGUCAACGACAACCCACCUGUGUACUUGGAUCCAGACUACACCUUUCACGUAAAGGAAGGUGAAAGAGGUAUAUUGGUGGGUUAUGUCCGUGCCCGAGACGCUGACCAAACAGAGUACAACAACCGCAUCUCGUUCCGCAUCACCAGUGGCAGCCAGGGCAACUUCCUGUGCAUUUCAGAACCCAACGGCGAUGGCUACAGGGGAGUCAUCAGGGUGGACCCGGACGUGGAGCUAGACUAUGAGAGCGACCGCAAAAACUACACGCUGAUGGUGGAGGCCACAGACCUUGGCCAGCACACAGCCAUGACCACAGUGGAGGUGGUGGUGGAGGAUGUGAAUGACACGCCGCCCGUUUUCCCAUCAGGCCUGACAAUGAGUGUUGAGGAAAACUCCCCACCGCUGAUGGAAGUGGGCGUGAUCGAAGGAAGUGAUGCUGACACAAACCACUCUCUGAUCUAUGAGCUGGUCUCCACAAAGUGCCACUGCAACAAAACGUGGGAGCCCUGCGAGGAGCAGUGGUUCAUCCUGGAGCCCACGGGGAUUGUAAGGACCAGCGCUGACUACAACAUCGACUACGAGAAGUGCAACAUGGUGGACAUGACAGCCAGAGUGGUUGACUUAUACACAGAGAAGGGGAGGAAUAGCACAGAGGGUACCGUAAUGAUCAAUAUAGUGGAUGUGAACGACAACGCACCCGAGUUCAUCCCAGUCCAGGAAUUUUUUGUUGUGCUCUCAGAGAACGUCGAGCAGGGCACAUCUGUUGCCAGUGUUUAUGCCACAGACAGAGAUUCAGGGGAGAACGCGAAGAUCACGUUUCAGGUUGAAGGGGUGGAGUUCGACAGCACCAACGCUGGCGAGGAUCCACAGCCAAUCGGCCUCAUUUUCUACGCUGAGACCAACGAGCAGCCAGAUGCUAUAGGAAACUACAAUGGAGUUAUAAGAUCCCACCAGACUCUGGACCCUGAUAGAAAAGGAAAGUACUUGGUGAGAGUGAAGGCGAUAAACCUUGAGCUCAGUACAGAGGAGACGAUCGAGCUUAUCACAGUGGACAAGUCCUUCAGGGUGGGCCUUCGAUUUGAGUCGCCAGUGGCGGAAGUCAACGCGAACUUGCCGUAUAUCAGAGGGGCCUUGACGGGAGCCACGAAAGCAAUGGUGCAUGUGGUUAAGGUGUCAUCUGAGACAACAAGGAAUGAACAGAGAAAAGAGGUGACUCUUCUCGAGGCGUACUUUGUGUUCCCGAACGGGACGGCCCUGGACUCUGACUCGGUGGUCCGGAUCCUGAACACGCAGGACGUGUAUGAACAGUAUGGAGUCAUACUGCAGGGCUAUGGCCUCACUGGCAUUCUGACGGGCACGUUUGAGCAGCAGGAGAACAAAUUGGAGCUGUUUAUCAUGAUCGGCCUGGUGGUCGCCCUUCUGAUUGUUGUGACCGUCAUGUCCACGUCACUUGUGUGCGUUAGAAGGAGUUACAAGAGGAAACUGAAGGCAGCCAAUGCCAUGAACUCUGCAGCCAUGGUAACAGUGGAGGUCCAGAAGGCGGGACCUGUUGUGCCGGGCACCAACAAAUACACCAGAGAGGGUGCGAACCCUGUGCUGAACCUGAACAUUGACUCAGCCACAGACCUGGGCUUCGACGAGGACGGAUCCAGUGCAGACAGGGAGAGCCUAAACUCCCUGGACUACAACAUUGACCUGACCAUGACUGAGAAAGGCACAAUGCCAAUGACGAUCAUUGCGGAAGAAGAGGAGGAUAUGGGUGGACAUGUGUACACUGAGCCUUUGGGAGCAGCGCUGGCGCAGAGAGGGAAGAAAGGUCCACAGCCUACAGGCCUCACCAUAGCUAACCCCUCUUUAAGCACCACUGACCUCUAAAACUGCACUGACCAGCAACAUCCUCCACUCUGGCCAGUCCCAUCCUGGAAGAAGACUCAACUCUCCUGCACUUUUCCUCUGUCUGAUGUCCUUUUCAGUAAAGCAACAGGCAAAAAAACCAUCUGUUAAUAUGUUUUAGAUUACAACCAUGCACAGUUUAACCGGCCAGUCAGGCAAAAAACAUCCAUAUUACACAUAUGGCUACAUCAUUAGCAUAUGGACAUUAGAUUGAUUAAAUGGAAACAGAGUAUCGAGUUUGGCUGAGUUUAGUCAGUUCUCAGCCUUGAAGCUGCACCACAGCUGCCUUCAUGUUGAUUUUCAACAUUGCUUCUUCAUUUAACAGUAAAUCCAUUGCGAGAAGUGAUGUACAGUAUAAGGCUCACACACAGGAAAACCACCUGUGCACUUUUGGCCUUGAUUAUUGCAGAGAGAGUUCUCAGAAAGAGAAAGAAAUAAAAAAAGAGAGAUAGGCUGCACUGUAAAUCACUUUACUAUGUUUUUAUGGUUUCAUCUUUUGUAUACCUGGUUUGAUUUCUCUUUUGAUUUUGUCCCUUUUUAUAAUUAAAUCAGCCCAGUGCUGUUGUACUCUGUGGAUUCAUGUAACUAAACUAAUGAUCCUUUUGUAAACAGGAAUACAGCUCAUAGUCCUUAAACUGCUGUACCACAGAUUAUAACUCACUUUGUAAACACAUUUUGCCAAAGCUGCAGCUAGAUUUGAAGAUUUAUUUGUAAAUUGUAUAUUUUGGAACAAUUUAGACUUCUUGUGAAUUCUGCCAACAAAAUUACAGUCCUUACUAAGGUUAUUUGUCUGCGGUGUACAUAUCUACCUUAUACUGUUAAUAUGGGAUGUUUUGAAAUGAUGUAAAUGCAAAAAUAAAAUUACAUUGUUGAAAA